CUCUCUCUCUGUCUGAAAGCGGACAAGGAAAAUACUGAGAAAGAAGCUGAAAGGCAAAGCAAAUCUAACAACUUUGAAAGUUCAUUCGUAAUUUCGAAGGAAUCUCCGAUUAAAAUGAACAAAUCACAGCUUAAUUCCGUCUUAAUCAUCGCCACCAUCCCCAACCUCUCCCUCUCUCUCUUUCUCUCUCCUCUCUCUUUCUCUCUCUACAGAGAGCUCAACUAACGUCAAAGGAACUCAAGGGAUAUAGUGCUCCAGAGACCACACAACAAACAAGCCCACCUCUCCAAUUCUUAGCUCGGCUUUCCCUCUCUACGAUUUGAGAGAGACAGAGAGAGAGAGUAUGAAGCUCUCGGCUUUGCACCAGAGCUACCUCACCCGACGGAGCAACAGCUUCAGGGGAUCGGCGCCGUUGGACUCCACAUCAGACGGCAAGUCGCCAGCGACGGUGUUCUGGCUCGUACUCCAUGGCCUCUGCUGCCUCAUCAGCCUCGUCCUCGGCUUCCGCUUCUCUCGCCUCGUCUUCUUCUUCCUCUUCUCCACCUCCUCUUCCAAUCUCUAUCCGGCGCCGUUUCGGACAGUUGCUGAUCUCACCGUGAGAAACCUAGAGCUCCCCGCGAACCCGAUCGCGAAUCUCGAGUUUAAUCUCAACAGGAACGCCACCACCGCGAGCUCCAGCAGCCGGGUCGUGGUCGGGCGGCACGGGAUCCGAAUCCGGCCGUGGCCGCACCCGAACCCGACCGAGACCAUGAAGGCGCACCGCAUAAUUGAGACGGUUCAGAGGGAGCAGAGGAGGCAGUUCGGAGUCACCAACCCCAAAACGGUCAUCGCCGUCACGCCCACCUAUGCUCGGACUUUCCAGGCGCUACAUUUGACUGGCGUUAUGCACUCGCUAAUGCUCGUCCCGUACAACGUCGUCUGGAUCGUCGUUGAGGCGGGCGGGGUUACCAAUGAGACGGCGUCGAUCGUUUCCAAGUCCGGGCUCCGGAUCAUCCACGAGGGGUUUGAUCAGCGGAUGCCUAAUACUUGGGAUGGCCGCCACCUGCUGGAGGCUCGGAUGCGGCUUCGUGCUUUGAGAAUUGUGAGAGAGCAGAACCUGGACGGGAUUGUUAUGUUUGCAGACGAUAGUAAUAUGCACAGUAUGGAGCUUUUCGAUGAGCUGCAGAAUGUGAAAUGGUUUGGUGCUGUUUCGGUGGGAAUACUUGCUCAUUCGGAGAAUACAGAUGAAUCGUCAGAGUCCGCAGUUGAGAAAAAUGAGGAAGGGGAGAACCAGUCAAUGCCAAUUCAAGGUCCUGCUUGUAACUCAUCCAAUAAGUUGAUUGGUUGGCACACCUUUAACACCUUGCCGUAUGUGGGAAAGAGGGCAAAUUACAUUGAUGAUCGAGCACCUGUACUGCCCAGGAAGCUGGAGUGGGCUGGGUUUGUGUUGAAUUCAAGGUUGCUUUGGAGUGAAGCUGAAGAUAAACCAGAGUGGGUUAAUGAUCUAGAUAGUAUUGGUGGGGCUGAUGAGGAGAUAGUGACCCCUCUAUUCUUGUUGAAGGACCUGUCCAUGGUUGAACCACUUGGAAAUUGUGGGCGCCAAGUGUUGCUCUGGUGGCUCCGCGUUGAAGCUCGUUUCGAUAGUAAAUUUCCUCCCAGAUGGACUAUAGAUCCUCCUUUGGAAAUCACCGUACCAUCGAAACGUACACCAUGGCCUGAUGCUCCUCCUGAACUCUCAGCUAAUGAAAAAACAGAAACUGGAGUUGAAGAGCACACAGUGAAGCGUCCUAUAAAAAUUCGUGCACCCAGAACAAAGAGAAGUCCUCGGAACAAGAGAAAGCACGAGACAAAAACGAUUGACAUGCAGGCUUCUGCAAGGCAUACGGAACAAAACUGAAACAU